CCCACUGUUCUUCCUCUCCUCUUUGACCUAUAAAUAUGGGGCUCCAUAUGUGAACUUCCCACGUCAAAAGCUUUCUGCUUAAGCAUCUCACCUUCUAAGAUUUCAGCUUUCUUGAGAAUUUAUACUUCGUAAGGAAUGGGUUCUGCACCGAAAAGCUACUUUCUCCUCUAUAUGAUGGCUCUCCUGCCUGCACUUUGUUACACCAAAGAUAGCCAUGGGGGCUCUAAAGCAACUUACUAUAAUACUCCUGAUGGCCUGGGCACUCCAAAUGGAGCUUGUGGGUAUGGUGAAUAUGGAAGAACUGUCUACGGUGGCAAUGCGGGAGCAGUCUCAAAUAAGCUUUUAAGGAAUGGAACUGGCUGUGGGGCUUGCUAUGCGGUGAGGUGCAAGAUCCCACAUCUUUGCAAUUCAGGUGGAGUGAAGGUGGUGGCGACAGGCAAUCGCGGAGACAAUACAGACUUCAUACUCAGCAAGCACGCCUACGCGGCCAUGGCUAAUCCCAAAGUGGCCUCCAAGCUAUUUGCUUGCGGUGUUGUUCCCAUAGAGUAUAAGAGAGUUUCGUGCCGCUACCCAAAUCACAACCUGGCAGUAAAGGUCCAUGAGUGGAGCAGGUACCCAAAUUACCUAGCCAUAGUCGUCUUAUACCAAGACGGGAAAAGUGACAUCACAGCUGUUCAAGUUUUGCAAGCUGAUGGUCGGCUAUGGAGGAACAUGGGAAAGCUCAAUGGUGCGGGAGCAAUAUGGGGCGUGGCUAAUCCACCAAGAUGUGCGCUAACGUUGAGAAUCCAAGGGAGUGGGAGCCGAGGCCAAAAGUGGGUGAACCUGGCUAGAGUGAUUCCUAGGUAUUGGGUGCCUGGCACUACUUAUGAAACUCGCAUUAAACUUGCAUAAAUAUAUAUAUAUAUGAACCAUAUUAUUAAGCAUCAUUGAGUUACAGUUUGGGCUACACAAUAAAUUACAAAUGACAAAAAUAAGUGCUUCACCGCCUUAGAUAAAGAAUAUUUUAGAUAUUUUAACUAUAUUAUGUAGGCUGAGAUGUAAGUCAUGACGUAAAAUAGCAUUUUUUUAUAUAUAUAUAUCCCAGGUCUACUACAUUUACAUACAUAACUGUUAAGUUGUCAGUCGUGUCCUAUAUAUCAGUUGUAAUAAGUAGAGCCAAUGCUUGCUCCAUCUUGUACCGCGCAAGCUUUUCUGCUAGCUAGAGCUUGUGAUAUGUGUGCCCUUUCUCAAUAAUAAAGAACUGGACCAUAAGUAAUAAUUCUGAGCAAAUACAAGUUC